AUGCUGUCCGACUGGGAUAUGGAUGCAGCCUGCCAGUGUGCAUCUGAGCCAUACCUCAAGUUAAAAGUUGAUUUGAAACCUUUUGAAGAAGGUUUGGAAGAUUGGGAUAUCAUUACUCUUGGUGAUAUUCCCCAGCUGAAAGUGGCAGCCAGCAUGUUUGAAAAGAACUCCUUUCUUGGUACUUUAACAGGAAGUAUUACAAGUCACAUGGAGCGUACUUUCUCUCAGGUUCAGAAGGCCAUAGGUCUAAAACCUUAUGACGAUGAGAGUAUUAAGCCGUUGAAACCAGCUAUGACAGAUAUGGAAUUCCAUAACUACCUUGACCCUGAUGGUCACUUGAUACGGCCACAGGAGUUAAGGCUCAGCAUUUACCAAGGCGGUAUUGAGUCAUCUCUGCGUAAAGUGGUGUGGAGGCAUCUACUCAACAUUUUCCCUGACAAUAUGUCAGGCAAGGAACGUUACGACUACUUGAAGAAAAAAGAGCUUGAAUAUUACCGGGUGCGAGAUCAGUGGAAAGAACACCUUGUAAAGGACACAGCUGCAGAUGAAAUCAAGAAUGUCAUCUCCGUUGUGAAGAAAGAUGUCCUACGUACAGACCGCACAUACAAAUUCUAUUCAGGAUCCGAUGACAGCAAGAAUAUUGUCUCUCUCUUCCACAUCCUUGUAACAUAUGCAGUUACACACCCUGAGAUUUCCUACUGUCAAGGCAUGAGUGAUCUUGCAUCUCCACUUCUUGUUGUUCAGAAUGAUGAAGCACAUGCCUAUCUCUGCUUCUGUGGUCUCAUGAAACACAUGAGGACUAAUUUCCAUCCAAGUGGACAGGCCAUGAAGACUAAACUGCAGCAUCUUUCUUUGCUGCUACAGGUCUACGAUCCCUGCUUUUUCUCGUAUCUCAAAGAAAGCAGUACCAACCACCUCUUCUGUUUCCGUUGGCUGCUGUUGGCAUUAAAGCGUGAGUUUCCGCUCGAUGAUGCUCUCUACAUGCUAGAGGUAAUGUGGAGUACCUUACCUCCAGACCCCCCAAUCAAAGAGCUUGAAAUCACAGAUCCUCACUAUUCACCUCAUCUACUUGCCUCUUCCCCAGCAUCACCCACACUUAAUUUCCCACAAAAUGUUUAUGCUAAUUUUCUUGCCAUGCGACUAAAUGGCCCAACAACAGGACGCAACCCACCACAAACUCUGAAUUAUGAUCAGAGUAAGAAGACAAACAAUACAAAAGGUGGGUUGCCUCCAACCUGCCUUAACAACAAUAAUACUUCCAAUAACAAUAGCAGUAAGUCCCUUAUUCGUGUCCAUGGCAACAAAAACAAUUAUGAUAUCUCUCCUAUGGAAGAGAGUUGUACCUGUAUAGACUUUCCAGCAAUGGAGGAUGCCACUGCCAAAAUGAUGCAGGCUAGGUCCUCUAGCAUUGACAAGUCUUUGUGCAGUUCCCCUCCACCAAUUAUUGUGCACCAUAAUAGUGAUGAGAACACACCUGUGGUGGAGAAUUGCAUUGAUAUGCACCUUGAUAACGGUAACACUCUGGAUUCUUGUCAUGAGGCAAUGACCUUUUUGAAGGACGACGAUGAAGAGACACACUUCCAACUUUCUAUCGAUGCAGGUGAAAGGGCAAAUAGCAUGGCACACAAAUCCCAAACCCCUAAGUCACCAUUGGCUGCCAAUUAUUCACCAGCCAUGGAAAUGAAGAAAAUAAAGCAAAAACCUAAACCGGUGCCAUUAUCCUUGGGAAAUAUAUCUACAAAUAUCAGCACGGGUCAGCCUUCAUUAGAAGGUCAGAUAAUUGAUGAUGACACAGAAUACGAGGAUGCCAAUUGCAGUGAGGGUAGCCAAACGACCACACCUACCCAGACCAGCAAUCAGCAGGAGAACCAAAAUGCUAAGAUUACCAAUUCUCACAGCUUUAAGACAUCUCCAAAUUCCCCUUCACCUUCUCAGCAACGGUUGUCAAUGUCAUCAUCAUCGUCUUCACCGAUGGUUACGCCCAGUGAGUCCCCUGCUUCUGCCGAUGGUCCCGAGCCCCCAUCACUACCCUGUUCUCCUCCGCCAGCCCCACCCUCUUCAGAUGUACCCCCACUUCCUCUGCCUCCAUCUACUGUUUCUACAUCCACUUCUUCUGCCUCUUCCUGCUCCUCCCCUCUCCCCCCACUUCCAACAGACUCUUCUCCAUCUUCUACCGACAACAGCAGCCUUCUCUCCAGGGCUGGUAAUAUAAUGUCAACAUCUGCGGGAAGCCCGACAGCGCCCCACUCUGCUGCUGAAAAGAAUAAUUCUAUGGACCGUUCACAAAGGUUACCCCCACCCCAGGACUUUGGUGCUGGGAAUCCGUUCCUCAUGUUUCUUUGCUUAACCAUCCUGUUGCAACACCGGGACAUGAUAAUGAGCAAAAAGCUGGAAUGUGAGGAGAUUGACAUGUACUUUCAGAAAAUGACACGCAAGCACAAUGUCUACAAAGUGCUCAACCAGGCACGGACUCUCUAUUCGGAGUACCUCCGUAAUCAACAGAAACUUGAGGAAGAGUUCAGCUCCAUUGAGGGGAGUCUCAGUAUCUAG